GGCAUAAAUCCAAAACAACAAAUUCGACAGAACGAAAACGCCAAAAUCGAAAUUGAAUCUUAGCGUCGGGAAAAAUGGAAAUCUCGUCGCGUAAUGUCGCGUUAUUCUUCGCUUUCGUCGCCUGCAACUAUUUUUGUUUCGCAAAAGACAACAUACGCGUGGGGGCAUUUUUCAACGAAGAACAGUUAACCGUGCCCAUCAAUUGGAAAAUAAUGUCGAAUCACAGCGAUCACGCCGUUAUAGCGCAGCCCGAAACGCAUAUUGUGCCAGACACGGACCGAUUCGAAUCUGUAAAUCGCUUUUGCGAAUUCUUCAGUAAAGAUGAUGGAUUUUCCGCCAUUUUUGGACCAAAGUCUCUAGCGGCGUCGGCUACUUUUGAGUCAAUAUGUUUCCACCUGCAAGUGCCCUACAUCACCACCACGUGGAAACCCAAAACCAUGAAACACUUCCCCACGUCUUUCAACUUGUAUCCGGACGCUGACCUUCUGUCCCAAGGACUAGCAACGAUAAUUAAAGGUUUGGAUUGGAAAGAAUUCGUGGUCCUUUACCAGAACGAGGAAAGCCUGAUGAAACUGCAGGACGUCAUCAAGCUGCAAGAACACAAGCAAGGUUCCGACAAGAACAGCAUAUGGUUAAAGCAACUCGGUCCUGGGCCGGAUUACAGGCCAUUGCUGAAGGAAGUAAAAAACUCUACACACAGAAGAAUCGUGUUAGAUUGCGACACUGACAAAAUCGUGGAAAUAAUGAGCCAAGCCAAGCAGGUUAAUUUAUUGGCCGAUAUUUCGACAAAUGUAUUCCUUACAUCCAUGGACGCUCACAUAAUUGACUUCUCCCCCGAACUAAAUACCGGAGCCAACGUCACUACAGUUCGCUUAUUCAGCCCUUAUCAGAAUCACUUCAAGAAUAUGAUCAAUAAUUAUUUCCCUGGAAUUUCCCCAGAGGAAAUACUCGUCCAAACGGCACUGACUCACGAUGCAAUGGUACUGUUUUCGGAAACGAUGAAAUCUCUGUGGAUCGAAAACCCUGAAACGGACUUUAGUUCAUAUUCCAAAUUUUGCAACGCGACCAAGUACGAAGACGAAUUGGGAAUAGUCGCGCAAAUGUCAAAGACUGUGGUGCAGGAAACGCAAGCUUUAACCGGCGAAAUCAGCUUGGAAAACGGUAGAAGGACGAUGUUCAAGCUGGAAGUGAUCGAAGUUGACAAACCGGUGAAACCCAUCGCCAUAUGGUAUUCGAAGGAACCUAAUAAACUUGAGCUUACAAGGAACGCGACGGAGCGGGAACUCGAACUACAAAAACGGAUACAGAAUCACAACUUUAUAGUUACUUCCAAGUUAAUCGAGCCAUAUUUGAUGGAUACUUUCAAAAUCGGGGCACCGGAAAACGAGCGGUACGAAGGAUACUCCAUGGACUUGAUAACGGAAAUUUCGAAAAUUCUCAAUAUGACCUUUAGGUUCGUAAUCAGAGACAAAACGCCCACUAUAGUAGAGGAUUUGGUACUGAGGCGGGCCGAUUUGGGUAUUUGUGAUUUCACCAUAACGCAUCAGAGACGAGAAAUUAUAGACUUCAGCAUGCCUUUUAUGUCACUAGGUAUCAGCAUUCUGCACAAAAAAGUACAGCAAGAGGAAAUUGACAACAUGUACGCAUUUAUGAGGCCCUUUUCUUGGACAGUGUGGGUUUAUACGGUCACCCUUUAUCUUAUUCUUUCGAUUAUAAUAUUUUUCGUUUCGAGGAUGGAUCCGGACGACUGGGAAAAUCCUCAUCCUUGCGACCAAAAUCCCGAAGAACUUGAAAAUAUCUGGGGAAUUAAAAACUGCCUUUGGUUGACGUUAGGAUCGAUCAUGACCCAGGGCUGUGAUAUUUUACCCAAAGGCAUCUCGUCUAGAAUAGCCACUGCGAUGUGGUGGUUUUUCUCCCUCAUCAUGACCAGCACCUACACAGCCAACCUAGCCGCUUUUCUAACCAUGCAAAAGAAAGGCGACUCGAUUAACAGUGUUGAAGAUCUAGCCAAUCAAAACAAAAUUAAAUAUGGUUUAAUGGAAGACGGUGCGACUCAGGCCUUUUUUGAGUUCUCCAACAAUUCUCUCUAUCAAAAAAUGUGGAACACCAUGAAAAAUGAAAACCCAAGCGUUUUCGAAUCGACAAACGCCAAAGGUUUCGAACGAGUAGUGUCCAAUCGCAACGGAUUGUACGCCUUUUUCAUGGAAUCCACCCAGAUCGAAUACGAACUGGAGAGAAACUGCAACUUGCGCAAAAUAGGACAAUGGCUGGACUCCAAAUCGUUCGGCAUCGGGAUGCCGCUAAAUGUCGACUAUGCUGAUCAAAUAAACAACGCGAUAUUGACCUUGCAAGAAAACGGGAAGCUAAAUGAACUCAAAGACUUAUGGUGGAAGAAAAAACUGAAAGGAGAGCCAUGUUCAACCAGCUCAGAAGAGGGCAUUUCCGAUGAACUAUCUCUCGGCAAUCUCGGGGGAGUCUUUGUGGUGCUGAGCGUGGGGAUUGGAAUCGCGUUCCUUAUCGCGAUCUUGGAAUUCCUGUGGAAUGUGCGCAACAUUUCCGUCGAAGAACAUAUAAGUUAUCUGGAAGCGCUGAAAGUGGAACUGAAAUUCGCAUGCAACAUAGCAGUAACCAAAAAGAGGGCCAAACCUGUUAUUUCAGAAUCAUCAACUUCAUCCACAGAUGGACAAAGUGUUGGCAGAACCAUAUUGGCUGGAGCCGGCUCCUUUCUUAAUAUAAAUACAACUGUUUUAAAUAGAAUUGGAGCUUCACUAUACAAUAACAAUUAA